AUGCCGUUUGUGAUGCGGAAGGUAGAGCCGCGGCACGUGUGCCGCGGCCACGUGCCGGCGGGCUCGCAUCCGGGCUGGCCGGUGGGCGCCGAGCUCGAGGCGGUGGCGAACGGCGCCCUCACCAGCUCCCUCAAACAGUUGGCCUCUCUCCUCACCGUCGCGGAGGACAUAUUCGCGAACCUCACCGCCGAGUUAGCUCAAGUCGCCGAAAGAAGCGGACACCUACGUCAUAAGCUCGACAAAGUCGAAGAGCGACUCGGCACCGUUGAUCCUAAGAAGAUACCAGUCCCUGAAUCGGACAUCUGUACUUUCGCGACGAGAACGGAGCAUUUUCACGUCACGAAUAAACCAUCGACGGGACUGUUCACGACGGACACGAGGCCGAAGGCCCUGAAGGAGUUGUACGAGCUUGCUGCCAUAGUCGCCGUACGAAGUUUGGAUUCCUUGAGGAGGGAUGGCAGCUCGAUGGAUAUGUUCCUUUGCACACCGGUUCUCGGUAAAAGGAGACGAGACCACAGCCUCGACAUCGAAUCUAGAGUCCCGGCUGCUAUCGAAGAUCUUCGAAGAUGGACAUCCACCGAAGCGCUUGGCGACGUCACUGUACCACCGGACUGCGCGUCCCGAAUCUUGGGCGACACAACUAGCGACGAUGCUGUCGAUCACAAACUACCCAGCCCCGAGGAACAGGUUCAAGCUAUCGCGCUCAAAUUCCCAGCGGAAAUCGUAGCAGUGGAUGUGAGCGGACGAGGUUUCGAAAGAAUGUCGAUGAGGAGAAGGUCCUUGUUGUCAGGACCAGAGACUCAGGAAAUGGCGGUUAAAAGGAGAUCGCGACCACGCAGGCCAAGAGGAAAGAGACGAAAUACGAUCGCCGGUACCGAUCAAAAGGAGAUUCGACAAGCUAUCGGAGGGGAGACGACUGGCGACGAGCCUGAGGAAACAAUGCCAAGUGCCACGCCGAGAGCGCAUCGUUCAGCGAGCACGGAUGUCUUGGGCUCUAUGAAAAAGGACUCACCCACGGAAAAGAAGUCGCACUUCAACACGCUGAAGGCAUGGGGCAUGUCCAGACUGAAAUUAAUCAGUCCGAAAUCGAGUCAACAACAACAGCAGCAGGAAAUGACAAUAAUCAGCGCGGAGACGAACGAGCAAGCUCAAGGUCAAACGAGAUCACCAGAGGAGAUCAAUAUUUACGAGACGGUGACUACGAGGCGCAGGAGGGACAAGUCGCACGAGAGGAAGCCGAGCUCGUCUAGCUCGAGUGGCAAGAGCACGGCCAGUAUACCCGUGUCAGUACCGAGCACGGACAACAAACAGCCGAGCGUGAAAUUGCGCGAGAGCGCCGCCCAGAGGCGAGAACGACGGAAGGGCAGCAACCGCGACGAUGCACCGCACUCGAGCUCCGGAAACUGGAGCGCCUCGUCUGAAAGCGGAAGGGCUAGCAUCGGCAGUGAGACCACCACUACCACUCAUCAGCCUAAAUCCACGACGACAGCUUCUAUCGGCACAUCCUCUACUUCCCUAAGUCACAUGAGGCGAUUGAAAGGAAGGGACACCUCGGCUUCAUCUUCAGUAACCUCUGAAGGCACUCUGACACCGGAUAUCAUACAAGAUAUCACGGUGGUACCUUUUUCGGACGAUGGCGAAACAUCGUCGGUAUACUCCUGCGACACGGAGGGAUAUUACACUUCGUUUCACGUGGACUCGGGCCUGAAAACUCUUAGAGAGGAGGAACCCAUGCCACAGAGUCCUUUGACCAAGACUAACGACGUUGGCUCGGACCCCACUUCGCCGAUUGUGGAGAAUGAGUACGAAUUGUUUGGCAGAGGAUCAACUUCUACGACAACCAGUUCGGCUGGAACGGUUUGCACUGCGCUUAUGGCACCACCGCCUCCCGAGCGCAAGUCCAGCCUCACAGUCGUUGCUAUGGUUCACGGUCAAAACGGUGGCGAAUCACCCGAUAGCGGCCACAACACAUCCUCAUCUCCCGUCGAAUCUGCCUCGAGUCCGGCCUGUACCGGUCGUUCCUACUCCGAGUUCGAAUAUUCAGAAUCUAGCGAUCUAGAAGGCUGCGAGAGAAUCGAGAGGAUCCGCUCGAAGACAGCAAUCACAAGCAGUCGGAUUCCGUCGAUGUGUGUAAUCACACCACCCGUAUCCGACGACGAACACGCGAGAGAAACCGAUCAGAGCGAAAAGAAAAACGAAUCAAGGAGAACUGAACCGCUUCAGGGCGGCGGUUCAGUGUUAAUGUCUGCCACUGUCGGCACUUCUAAGAUGGAGGUGAUCAAUGGCCAGGACAAAAAUUUAUAUGCCACCGUGCAAGUGUUGCCGGCGGCUGCCAGUAACGACAGACCACAGACAACGGCGACGAUAGGUCAGACAUCGUCGUCGAUCAAAAUCAGUCCGCUGAGCGGAGUUCUAGGCAAGCUUCGCGGCGUACUUCCGGGCAAGAAGCACAUCACGAAGAACAGUGCCGUGCAAGAGCUCUCAGACUCCGGCGACUAUGUAACCAUAGCCGACGUGAGGAACAACAACGACAAACAUCCCGCGGGCCCGAUUUCAUCAUCAUCGUCGUCAUUAGGUAUGACCACCGUUCGAUCAACUAUCACCUAUGCCAAUUCCGACAUCUUCAAGAAGGAUGCCGAGUAUGUGAGUCUGAGCGAGUUACCGAAGAAACCGGAUUCAUCGUUAGAGAGAAAGAGACAGGGCGCUCGAGUCACUCUAAAUUCCGAGGGCAAAGUCGUUUAUUCGUCCGAUAGCCUGAAGAGAAGAAAGGGAGCGCACACGACAUUCAAUCCGGGUCCUUUUGUGAGGGAAGGACUGUCACCAAGUCCAUCGCCGUUGCUUCAUCGCGCAAUUCCGAACAUCCGCGCUGUCACAAAAAACAUCGACGUCGUAGAUGCCCCGAGCAUUAAAAUCACACCACCAACCUCACCUCAGCUGGGCAAGCUAAUUAUUCGGGCAGCGCGGAGUCCCGAUCGCGCGACCAGUCCAGAUUACGUGCGCACGCCGACGACCGUGGUCGGUCCCACGAGCCCGAACAGUCCCCACAGACAAGUCCGCGGGGCUUACGUCAACGUGCAAGGUGACGAAGACAACACUUUACUGACUAUAUCUCCGGAAUCCAUACCGCCACAAGCGAUCGUUCAACCGCCGCCCUACAUCGCUCCGCCGAGGCCCGAGAAUCGACAAAAGUCGUACAAGUACCAAGAAAUCUUAAAGGAUACACAACCACCGAAACUGCGAACUUAUCCUGAAAAUGAGAAGCAACCGAUCACGCAGAAUCGAAAGCAGGACAUCUACGAUUCGCAUCAAAAUAUUCAGCAAUAUGACAAUGGCAAAAAUCUUCUCGAUCAGCAAAGAAUGUCGAACUAUGAGUAUCAGCAACGAGUUUGCAACUAUCGAACAGUGCACAUGCACAACGCCAUGAAUCAGAAACUCAGUUCACCAGCCAAAGAUAUCAAUCAACAGCAGUUCCAUACCUUGCCGACAAGGAGACCUCAACGAGAGCUCGAACCACCUCGUAGUGUCACGCCGGAUAUCACUAGGGGUCUGGGACGCGGUUCUCUCAGCAGCAUGCAUAUGUUAGCGAAACAGAGUCAACAGAGAGUCACGGUCGUAGAGAACGAACAGGCUCGACAUGUUUCUUAUGCAGAUGCGGGGAGAAGAAAUUUUUUGGAACAAGGAGAGACGAGAGGCAGAUUUGUGCAGAGUCAACCUCAGUCAGUCGUGGAUGUUAGAAAUAGGUUCGCAACGCCUCUAAACCAAACUGCACUCGGCUAUCGAUUCUUCGCAUCUUCACCCGCCAACGAUCCUCUUACAAAGUCUCCUAAUGCGGAUGUUCUGAGAAAUAAUCCAAUUUCGCCGAUCGGCCACGGGGGUUACGAUAACGGCUUCAAAUCGUCCACUCCCACCAACUACCAUGGACGAUCGGUGCCAACCGUGGCGGAACGUCUAGCUCUGACCACCACCGUCGGCAAUAACUGCCCAUCGCCAGUACCAACAAGCAGUUCUUCGGGCAGAAGCACUCCCAUCCAGACUUCUUCCGGCAGGACGACGCCAACCAAUUUAGUCCUGUCGCCUACCAAAAGCACCAUGUCUAACGAGGAAUUAUUUACUGCAAUUCACAAAUCCAAGAAGAAACUCAAUAUCAAGCUUAAUGAAAACGACACCGAAGAUCUGUCGCCGUGUGUAUCAAUGAACUUUCUGGUGAAAACGCCACCCGGUACUAGGCAUAGCUGGAGCCCGGAAUCUCAAAAAGCUUCUUCAGAGAUAUCAACUACGGUGCAAUCGCCCACGUCACGUAUGGAUUUCAAACGUUUACUCCUUCAACAGAGUGUAAAGGCCAAUCCCAUGCGAUUAUCGGCGGCAGAACAACUAAAACUAUCACGCCAACAGUGUCAACAACCACAACCAUCGUCGCCCAACACUCAUCAGAAUCCCUUAACCAAAGUUCUGAGUCCACGCUCAGUUUGGAGGUUCCAGACCCCGAGAACCGAUGUCCUUUCAUCCACCAUAAUCGAGGACACUGCGGCGGAAGAAAAGGCAAUGAAGCCCUCGCCGGAAAACACAUCUCCUAUUUCAAAACUGAAUUCUAGACGACAGCUGGAUCUUUGUAUCGAUCUACCGAGUCAUCCACGUAUCACUGACUACAAAGCUACAAACAACGAUAGACUAAAGGUGUCUAUAAAUGAACUCAAUCUUAAUCCCGCAAUUCAAUCGUUAAAUCAAAACAACCAUAUCCGAGAAUUAAUCACAAGCACAUUUGACAAUCCUACACUAACCAUAUCUUCUAUGAAAACCAGCCAAGAUACUUCGUCCUUAUUGCCUCAAAACGAGAACAUUAACACGAUGUUACGGUAUUCAAAGAAUACCCUCGAAUCUAAGAAUCAGGAUCCCGUGAGUGCUCUGGAGUCGAGAAGGAUCAGCAAUCAAUUAGCGAGAGCUCAAUUUCUGGCCAGCACACCCACGAGCACUAAUUCGUCGCAGAAUCUUUACUUCAGUAAGAGAUUCAGAGCACGAUCGGAAUCUCCGCGACACGCAGUGACACAAAAUGUAGCACCGCGCAGUCCGAGUGCUCCUACUCUCGAAACCGCUCUGUGA